CAAUGUUCUAGCUAGACGUUUUAUUCGGAUCGAGGAUAUUCUGAGUAUUGUAGUUGAAUGCUAUACAUUUGAAACUUUAUAGGUAGCUUAUUUAUUAGUGUAGUUAGAAGUAUAUUGUUGCAAUAUUGUAAUCUUGAUUGUUAAGUUGAAGAUUUGUAAUUCAUCUCAAAAUUUGAAAAUUCAUAACAUAUCUGAACAUUUUAAAAUUCACUCAAACUAGCCUACCCACCCUACCUAAGAAUUGUGAACGUUUAUUACGUUUCGUGAUAUCAACUGCGGACUUUUUAGAGGACUCUGGGUAUAGAGUGAAAUCUGUAGUAUAAAUCAAUAGAAAAACCUAGUUGACAUGGAGAUUCUAAAUAGAAAACAGAGGGCAGCUUUUGUUGUUGUUGUGCUUCUGUUGAGGUGUGUUGAUGGAAGAGGUGGUGGUGGUGGGGGUGGACAUGGAGGAGGAGGUCAUGGAGCAGCAGGACAUGGAGAAGGAGGACAUGGAGCAGCAGGACAUGGAGUAGCAGGAAGAGCAGGGAUUAGAGGAGGAAUGGGUAGAGCACUAGCUUUUGGCGCAGUUGGCAUCAUAGGUAUUGGUGCUGCGGUCGCCUACGCUGAUGCAGCAAGUAAGGCAUCUGGUGGACAGGCAGGAGGAGGAUCUAACGACGAUAUGAAACUAUUUAAUGAUUGUUUCAAUGAUGCCGACUCUGGAUCUGAUACUUAUCAAAACACUGCUGAUGAGUUUGAUAUAUAUUAAUCAACAUCAAUAUUACCAGAUUACUUAUCCAUUAUAUUAGAAUUCUUCUUGGAUUUACUGUAUAUGCAUGAGGGAAAAUAAAACAUAAUAUCAUACACUAA